CGAUCGGGGUCCCUGCAGCCCAGGCUGUAAACCGAGCGCUCUUCCCGGUUGGGAGGCGACGGCCCAGGCGCUGGUUGGUCUACGAGGGAUGCUCGGGCAAGGCCGGACCCCGGUCUUUUACGUCGUUGUGAAUGGAGUGCAGAAUCGUUCAGCGUGUUUGCCAUGUUGGGCGGUUUCUAGGAAAGGGCUCCUGUUGACUCCUUACAACAGGAGUCGGAGGGCCGCCAGGGGAUGGUGGGCGUGGCGAGAGCGGGCAGAGAUGAAGAGCGUCAAGGUUGGGAACACUGGUUGCAGUCAUCUUUGCCAGGCUAGUGGGAGCUCUGAGAGGCCCAUCUGUCAGCUGUUUGGAGGAUGCGUUAGGGGAACUGCUGGGAUAGAGCAGGGAUUGGAGGCUAGGAACCAGACGAAGGAGACCUCUGGAGGAUACAGGGACACGAAAGGCAGGUCUGGGAGAACUGAUGUCUGAUGGCCUGACAUAUUUGUGGCUCUGGGCACAGGAAUGAUUGAUGUGAGGAUACAGCAGCCUGGGCUCCGGGGAGGUGGAGCCAGGUGUGGUAAUAGAAGCACUUGGGCUUGUUUUGAGAGGAAGGUGCGUUAGGUUACCCCAUUGGAGAACUGGAGAUGGAGCUGGCAUGGCCGGAUAGUUGUUUGGCUUGAGAACCUAGUGCCCUGUAAGGCAGAUACAGAAGGUGGGGCUCUGAGGCAGGACCCCUGACCAAGGGCUGUCUCAUGGAUUUUUGGACGCGCCCUAGCUAUGCUCAUCUCAUAGGCACUCCCAUGUCCCAACAAGGAUCCGGAUGUUAGCAAGCACAAGUCACCCAUGGCAGUUAUAUUGAGAACAGGCAGACAGUGGAGCUGGCUUUUGUUGCUGUAUAACCAUAACAAGUUAGUUUGACAUGUAGUGAGGUGGCUCAGAGUCAACAUUUACUGUUGGUUAUGGCAGAUUGGAGCCUGCCCAUACAGUACCUUACCAUCUACUUUAUAAUUCUUUUCCAUGUUUGAGUUGUUCCCUGUUGGGCCAACAGGGCCCUAAAACUGGUUCCUUUGUUCUUACAAAUGCCCAAUCAUUGAGUACUUGUUUACUUUUUUCUUUUUUGUUUACAUUCUUGUACAGUGUCCCAGCUCUGAAAUGGGCUAUGUUGGAUCUGCCUCCUCAGAGGAUGCAAAAUUAAGAGACUAAGAUGUAGGCCAAAGAACUGCCUUAAAUAGGCUACUACAUGGGCAUGUGCUUUGCAGCUUCAGAAAAGCAGCUCUACUCCCCUGGUCAGGCCUCAGAGGCCUGGCAGCUCUUCCUUCUCCUGGCCGUGACCCUUCCCCUUGUCUCCUGUACCCUGAUCUACUACUGGUCCUGGGACAAGUGGACCCGACACCCACUGGCCCAAACCCUGGCCCUCUAUGCCCUUCCACAAUCAGGUUGGCAAGCGGUUGCCUCUUCCAUCAACACGGAGUUCCGGCGGAUUGACAAGUUUGCUACUGGGGCACCCGGUGCUAGAGUGAUUGUGACAGACACAUGGGUAAUGAAGGUGACAACAUAUCGUGUGCGUGUGGCUCAGCAACAGGAUGUUCACUUGACUGUGACAGAGUCUCGGCAGCAUGAUCUCUCACCAGACUCAAACCUACCUGUACAGCUUCUUACCAUACGUGUGGCCAGCACCAGCCCCGCUAUGCAGCCCUUUGAUAUUCGGCUGAACUCAGCAGAAUAUGGUGAACUAUGUGAGAAGCUCCACGCACCAAUCCGAAGUGCAGCCAAUGUGGUUAUCCGCCAGAGCCUGGGUGACCUCUUCCUAGAAACAUUUGCGUCGCUGGUGGAGGUCAACCCAGCCUAUUCAGUGCCCAGCAACCAGGAGCUCGAGGCCUGCAUAGGCUGCAUGCAGACACGGGCCAGUGUGAAACUGGUGAAGACUUGCCAGGAGCCAGCGGUGGGCGAGUGCCAGCAGUGUUACUGCCGUCCCAUGUGGUGUCUCACUUGCAUGGGCAAGUGGUUUGCCAGCCGCCAGGAUCCCCAGCGCCCUGACACUUGGCUGGCCAGCCGUGUGCCCUGCCCUACUUGUCGUGCCCGCUUCUGCAUCCUGGAUGUGUGUUGUAUACGCUGACCAUCACAGCCUAUUCUGUGUCUUCACUAGCUACUUAUGAGGAGCAGCUAAAGCUCCUUGACCUUGGCAAAGGUUCUAGUCAAAGUACACACGUACCUACAGCCACUCUCUGCCUUGAAUCUGUGGUAGGUUGAGGAUUUUGAUUUAGAAGUUCUCAUGGAAAUGUCCUAUCCCAUACCUUCAGCAUCUUCUCGCCCUACUCACCUCCAGGUGGGGCUGAUAUUUCACAGAUUGUUCCUAAGUCCCAAGAUGUUGGAAUUUGGCCUAGAGUUUUCAUUUGGCCGGUUUGCCUUAAUUCUAUCACAGAUCAUAUCUGCCCCUCAGAACCCUGAGAGUUAUAAGCCAGACCUACAUCUGUCCCAGAGCCUAUGAUGUUGGGUAGAUGUUGACAGUUGAGAGGGUUACCAGUGGUGCCACUCCAGUGCGAAGUACUUUUCUAAAGCCAGCCGAGGGACCACUUCUGGGUAGGGAGGCAUGAGUAACAACCUAGGGCCAGGCCAGUUACUCAUGAGGGUUGCAUAUGCUUUAGAGGGCCCACAGUGCUUUUGGUGUCUUCUCUUGCUUCUUUAGUCCAGGGGAGGCCAAUAUCUCAUACUUCUGGCCCUAGGAAAGAACCGGAAAGCCACAACAGUAUCCAGAAAGAAACCCACCAGGGAUGCAGUUAGCUAGAGCCCUUGUGGGUUGCUUGGAUCAGGAGAGGGUACCUCAUUGGUCAAGGUUCUGAUGGACAUACCAUUCACUUAUCUGUAGUGCAGGUGGGCAGCGGAGAGGCUGCCCUUUACUCUCCACCUCUGACACAAGAAGCUGCUGGAGGGAGUACUUUCCUUCAGCUUGUGGCCCUGAAGCUUCUACAUUUGCCUGCUUCAAGCAGUAGUGACAGACCAAACUAGCCUCUUACCCAGUCAACACUGCACCUAAUUCGAGGGAUUUGCUAGCAGAGGAAGCCAGUUCUGCCUAUCCUGAAGCAUGGCCAGGAGUCACCCAGUUUCAAGGGCCACCUAUCAGGGGCCAAAUGGUUUGAGGUUAUUUUAUUUUUUAACCACAGAGAAGUUAAUUUUAUAAUGAUAAAUGUAAAUGUCACAAAAUGACACAGUAUUUAAUAAAGUGUUACUUUCCAAGUGAUGUACUUUAUUUUAUUUACCUGGUAGUGAAGCCAAACUUUUGCAGCAUUUGGGGUAGUGGCUGGGGGAUGUUGGGAAAGUG